CUUGGUCAAGUUACUCUCUGCCACCUCUCCUAAACUCUCUCUCUCUCUCUCUCUCUCUCAUUCUUUAAUCCACUAUCAUCCAUGCAACUCCCACCACCACCACCGCCACCACCUUUUUCCGACACUACUGUUGGUCUACAGUCAUUUCUAACUCCGGUACCAUUAGGCUUAGACAUGAUCGUAAUCUUAUUCUCUACCCUGCUUUUGCUCCUCCUCUGCCUCAAAUGGCGUCAACCCAGAAUCCACAAACGCUUGCCUCCCGGUUCCAUGGGCUGGCCUUACGUAGGAGAGACUCUCAAGCUCUACACCGAAAACCCAAACUCCUUCUUUUCCCACCGCCAAAAACGAUAUGGAGAUAUAUUUAAGACACACAUAUUGGGGUGCCCAUGUGUGAUGAUAUCGAGCCCAGAAGCAGCUAGAAUUAUUCUGGUGAGCCGGGCACAUCUGUUUAGGCCAACUUAUCCGACGAGUAAAGAGAAAAUUAUAGGGCCAGAGGCUGUGUUUUUCCACCAAGGGGCCUACCAUUCAAGGGUGAAGAAACUGGUUCAAGCUUCCUUUUUGCCCUCUGCCAUAAAAGGGUCAGUCUCAGAAAUUGAAAAUAUUGCUCUGAAACUUCUCGCCACAUGGAAGGAUACCUCUCUCAACACCUUGCAAGAGAUGAAGAAGUACGCUUUUGAUGUGGCACUCAUUUCUGUGUUUGGCAACAAUAAUAAAGAGGACCUAGAAAUGGAAUUGGAAGGUAUUAAACAUCUUUAUCAAUGCCUUGAGAAGGGUUAUAAUUCCAUGCCUCUAGAUCUACCUGGAACUCUCUUCCACAAAGCCAUCAAGGCAAGGAAGCUUCUUAACGAAACACUUAUGAAAUUGAUAGAGAAGAGAAGAGAAACUGGAGAACAAAGUGGUGGGUUAUUGGGAGUUUUAUUGGGAGCAAAUGACAAUAAUAAUAAUAAGCUUAAGCAAGAGCUUAUUAGUGAUGCACAAAUAGUGGAUAAUAUAAUUGGAGUUAUUUUUGCGGCUCAUGAUACCACUGCUAGUGUCCUCACUUGGAUUCUCAAGUACUUGCACGAUAAUGCCGAACUCUUAGAAGCUGUCACGAGGGAACAAGAAGAGAUUCGAGGCAUGUUGCUGGACGCCAAUCGUGGGCUUACGUGGGAGGAUACUAGGCGUAUGUCGUUGACUAGUCGGGUGAUUCAAGAGACUCUAAGAAGAGCAAGUAUUCUAUCUUUUACAUUCAGAGAAGCAGUGGAGGACGUGGAGUUUGAAGGCUACUUAAUCCCUAAAGGUUGGAAAGUUCUCCCACUCUUUAGAAGUAUUCAUCACUCUCCUGAUUUCUUUCCUCAACCUGACAAGUUCGACCCUUCAAGAUUUGAGGUUCCGCCAAGACCAAACACGUACAUGCCGUUUGGUAACGGCGUGCAUUCUUGUCCAGGCAGUGAGUUGGCGAAGCUUGAGAUGCUCAUCUUCCUCCAUCAUCUCACCACCACUUACAGGUGGCAAGUAGUGGGAGAUGAUGAUGGAAUACAGUAUGGCCCUUUCCCUGUACCCAAACAAGGCUUGCCCAUGAAAGUAACUCCGAAGAUGAAGAAGAAUGUGACAUGAAAAAAUACGCUCGCCAGAGUCCUCAACGGCGAAGUUUUUUUUCUUUUUUCCAAUGGGGUCAAAAGCAAAAACACCCCGUUGAGUCACCCAUCUCACUAUCUUUUUUUAUUAUUAUUUUUUUAUUUUGCAUUUUCUUUGUCGUAGGGAAUCCUAUGUAUUAUUUUGUUUAGCUGCUCUCUCUCUCUCUCUCUCGAGUGCAUUUUGUCUUAGAGACUAACUGUUACAAACGUAAGGUGGCAAGUCAGUGUCAAUGCAUUGCAUUAAAUGUGUGUAACAAAAACUGUAUCAUGCAGAAAAAUAAAUAGGCAAGACAAAAAAAUGAAAAGUUCAAAAGAAAAAAUUUGAGGAGACCA